CUGGGAGUUUGUAUUCACCCCCCACCCCCAUUGUUCACCCUCCGCUGGCUCAGGGGAGGGGUCUUUACAGUCUCCCCUGCCACGCCAGUCCUGACUUCCUUGCCUGCCACCGCAUAGUUUGGGAGGAGGAGGGAGACCCCCUCCAUCAGGGCCAUUGCUGAGUUCAGUCUCACAGGCAGCUAAAGGGACGCUCACACUCCCUAUGUCCCUGCCUCCCCUCUUCCCCCCUGUCCCCUGCCCCAGGGACUGACAGUCUGUCUGUCUGCCCCUGCCUCCUGCCCAGGGCUCCGUCUAGUCCUGUGGUACCUGCCCUGGCUGCCACCCUGCCCUUGGAGAAUGAACCAGCCGCCCAGGAUGGCGCCCGUGGGCACAGACAAGGAGCUCAGUGACCUCUUGGACUUCAGUAUGAUGUUCCCGCUGCCCGUGGCCAACGGGAAGGGCCGGCCCACCUCCCUGGCGGGCACCCAGUUCCAGAGCUCAGGCCUCGAGGAACGGCCCGGCUCAGGCUCCUGGGGUGCCAGCGACCAGAACAGCUCCUCCUUCGACCCCAGCCGGCCUUACGGCGAAGGCGCCCACUUCAGUGAGUCUCAUGGCGGCCUGACUUCGUCUACAUUCCUGGGACCCAGCCUUGGGGGCAAAGGUGGCGAGCGGGCCGCGUAUGCAGCCUUCGGGAGAGAGGCUGGUGUCGGCGGCUUGAGUCAGGCUGCCUUCCUGCCCAGCGAGCUGUCCCUCAGCAGCCCUGGGCCGCUGUCCCCCUCAGGUGUCAAAAGCAGUGCCCAGUUCUACCCCUCGUAUCCCGGCAACGCCCGCCGGAGACCUGCGGAUGGCGGCAGCCUGGACUCACAGCCCAAGAAGGUCCGGAAGGUGCCGCCCGGGCUCCCGUCCUCGGUGUACCCCCCUAGCUCAGGUGACGACUACAGCAGAGACACCGCCACCUAUCCAGCUGCCAAGACCCCCAGCAGCGCCUACCCUGCCCCCUUCUACAUGGCUGAUGGCAGCCUGCACCCUUCGGCCGAGCUCUGGGGCCCCCCCAGCCAGGCGGGCUUCGGGCCCAUGCUGGGCGGCGCCUCGUCCCCGCUGCCCCUCCCGCCCGCGGGUGGCAGCGCCGCCUCUGGUGGCAGCGGCGCAUUUGGUGGCCUGCACCAGCAUGAGCGCAUGGGCUACCCGCUACACGGAGCAGAGGGCAACGGCGGGCUGCCACCUGUGUCCAGCUUCGCGGCCCCCGGAGCCACUUACGGCAGCGUCACCAGCCACACGCCCCCCGUCAGUGGGGCCGACAGCCUCCUGGGCUCACGGGGCACCACGGCGGGCAGCUCCGGGGACGCGCUCGGGAAGGCGCUGGCUUCCAUCUACUCCCCGGACCACUCCAGCAACAACUUCUCCUCCAGUCCCUCGACGCCCGUGGGCUCCCCACAGGGCCUGGCAGGAAGUUCCCAGUGGCCCCGAGCAGGGGCUCCCGGUGCCUUAUCACCCAGCUAUGAUGGGGGUCUCCAUGGCCUGCAGAACAAGCUGGAGGACCACUUGGACGAGGCCAUCCACGUGCUGCGCAGCCACGCCGUGGGCACGGCCAGCGACGUCCAUGGGAUGCUGCCUGGCCCCGGGACCAUGGCUCCCGGCUUCCCCGGCCCUGUCAUGCCACUAGGCAGCCGACACGCCAGCCUGGUUGGAGGCAGCCACUCUGAGGACGGCCUCGCGGGCAGCGCUGGGCUGCUGCACAACCACGUGGGCCUCCCCAGCCAGCCUGGAGCUCUCCCGGACCUCUCUCGGCCGCCCGACUCCUAUAGCGCACAGGAUGCCAGCACACAGGCACCCUGUGGGGCCGAGUCUCUGCUCUUCACGGAGCAGGCCGACCGCUGUGCCAUCCUCCCAGACGAGGACGAGGACGACCUUCUCCCCCCCGAGCAGAAGGCCGAGCGGGAGAAGGAGCGCCGUGUGGCCAAUAACGCGCGUGAGCGGCUGCGGGUGCGCGACAUCAAUGAGGCCUUUAAGGAGCUGGGCCGCAUGUGCCAGCUGCACCUCAACAGUGAGAAGCCGCAGACCAAACUGCUGAUCCUGCACCAGGCCGUGUCGGUCAUCCUCAACCUGGAGCAGCAAGUGCGAGAACGGAACCUGAACCCCAAAGCAGCCUGCCUCAAGCGCCGAGAGGAGGAGAAAGUGUCCGGUGUGGUCGGGGACCCCCAGAUGGUGCUGUCGGCCGCCCACCCGGGCCUGGGGGAGGCUCACAACCCCACCGGGCACAUGUGAGAGCGAAAGAAAAAGCACGGGCCAGAAACUACACCCUGUGUCCGAGAAGAGGAAAGAAAGAAAAAAUGCCUUAAGCCCCCGCACGGAGGAGUCGGAACGUGCCGCAGACGGAGGGGGACGCCGUGUGAACCUGGCUGGUCCUGAGAGCCACCAGCAAAUUGUGCCUACGCGUCAUAUUUUUUUUAAGGAAAAUAAAAAAAGAACGUUAGUUAUGAGAUUUUUUUUUUAAUGUAGCAGAAAAAUUAGCAAGGAUGUUGCCUUUGGUCUCUAUUGUUUUUUUUUUAAAGCUCUUUUUUUUUGGCAUAUGUUUUGUAAGCAACAAAUGUUUUUGUAUAAAAGUCUCGUGUCUCUUGCUA